GUCGUCAUUUAACUACGCCAGAAGAGAAAAUAUAAAAUCCUUCUGCAAAUGGCCAGAAACAUAGAUCUCUUCACGAUAGUGGCAAUCCUGAUGAUGCUAACUAAGUUGAUUAUGGCUUAUGUACAAUUACAACAAGAAUGGAACACCUUAUUCACUUCAGCUGAGAAAGUACAGACGAUUGACUUCAAUUCAGUAAAAGAAGACACCAAUGCUGAGGCAAGAGCCUCAGCAAAUGAUUUGGACGCGACUUGGAAAGAAACGGCAUACGAUAAUUUUGCCACCUCAAAUCCUAUACCUGGAGAAUAUUAUUUAAAUGUUAAUUUAAAUACAAUUGAUAAAUCGAUAAAAAUAUUUUCCCAAGUCUUUAUACGUGACUCACUUAAAGUUAUUCAGCGUAAAUUAAGAAGUGCCACAUCUGCAGACGGAGCUACAGAACUAUUCGUCAUCCUAGCGAAAAUUAAAAAUCUUAGUGCUAUGCAGCAGUUGCUAGUGGGGCAGGAUUUAUAUGACACCUUGAACUUAAUGAAUAAUGUAAAUUUUGAUACUGAGCUUUCGGAAAACUACGCUGCAUGGUUUGAAGUGUUAUUGGAGCACAUCAAUUGGCUGGUGCGUGAAGUUAAAUUGGGAAAGUCCGUUAAUUAUUUGUACGAGCAUUUCAACAUCAUGGCGGAUAUUGAGAAAAAUUUUGAGGCAGUUAAGCUAUUUUGGUUGAGUUUCUAAUUUAUUAGCAUUAUUUUAAUUAUUGCUUAGAUAUAACUAUUGUUUAUCGUUUGACCUAAGUUUAAAGAUGCGAAUAAAAGUAAGUUAUUCCAUUUUUCUAGCCUAGAGAAAUGGAAUAACAUAGAUUUAUAACUAUUGUUAUUUGCUAAACUUAUGUGUAUACAUACUUACAUAUACAUAUGUAUGUACAUACAUAAAGCCAUUUACUUUUAAGGCAAAAAUAGUUGAUGUAUUGUGGGAACAGCAGGUAUCUUGCAUACCUCUAAUUGUUUAGAUUUGAUUUUUUAUAUUUGUAACUCCUCUAACUACAUAAAUAUGUAUGCUGUGAAUAUAUAAAUUCUUUCCAAUGCCAAAUAACCUGUUAAAGUAAAAUUUUCAGAUGUUCAUGAAAGGUAUGAAGUCUUCGGCAUAGCCGACAACAGCGCUGCUCUUACUUGUUUUUCAUUAGAAAACUUCCACAACAGAUUUACAAAUACUUAUCUACUUGAUUGAAUUUCUCUAUGUAUGCUAUGUAAGCAUAUGUACACUAGGGUGGUCCAAAAACAGUAAAUUCGGAAUUGUAGUGCUCUCACACCCUAGGAUUGUUCUAUAUCGAAAAAAGUUGACCCAUAUUUUUUUAGUUUGAAAUCAAAAAAUACUUAGAGGUCGCUCAAAGCGCUCAAAGAUUUCCAUAUACUUUUAUAUGGCAAAAAGACAAUUUUUUGUAGAAAUGGU